CCGCUAGAGGCGCCGUGGAGUCUACCGUCAUUCUGGGUAGCGAAGGCUAAUUAGCAUGUAACAAUGGCUGCCCAAGCGCUAGGAUCUGCUUCUGCGGGACCUACGACGAGUCAAGCCGGUUGCAGCUCUUCAUUGAGCCGAAGAAUGGACGGUGGACCGUGUUGUAAAUUUUGGGAAAACCCGGAAAUAAUCUCUCAGUUGGAAGCUGUUCGCAGUUGGAUUGGAAAGCAUUAUAAAAAGUAUGUACAGACUGAUGCUCCCUCCAGCAAGUCUCUAUCUGGGCUGGUCGUCCAACUGCUGCAGUUUCAGGAAGAUUCAUUUGGCCGGCGAGCAAAUAACCCAAGCUUUACAAAACUUCCAGCAAAGUGUUUUCAGGACCUAAGGCCGGGCAGUGCUCUCUGCCAUAUUCUGGGAUCAGUGUACAAGUUCAAGACAGAACAGGGCUGGAGACGCUUUGAUCUACAGAACCCAUCCAGAGUGGAUCGCAAUGUAGAGAUGUUCAUCUCUGUGGAGAAAACUCUGAUACAGAAUAACUUAUUAAGCAGACCUGUGGUGUACCUGUCCCCUGAUCUUGAGCAGAAGCAAGCACUAAAACUUAAAGACAUUGUUGUGCGACACCAGGGCACAGUGACAGAGGACAAGUCACAAGCCACCCACCAAAUUUACCCAUCACCCUCCACAGCAGAUGAAGAAGAUUGGCUUAGGCCAGUCAUGCGAUUGGAUCGGCAAGUGAUGGUGCAUUGGGGCAUGUGUCCAGACAGUUACGACUCGCUUAUAUCAGCAAGUGAUGUCGAUGGAGAAGUGGAGGAACCUCCCAACCCAGACAGGUGCUGGAAGGUUAAUGCCAAAUGGAUUCUUGACACAGACACAUAUAAUGAGUGGAUGAAUGACGAGGACUAUGAGAUUGACGAGAAUGGGAAUAGUAUGAGUUUCAGACGGCGUAUUUACCAAAGCACAGAGGAACAGAAACCUGUGAAGAAACGGCGGCGCUCCCCGUCUCCACCGUCCUCUGAGUCUAAGAAGAAAGGAGGAAAGAAAAGCUCAGGUGUGUAUAAAAGGCGUGGCCAACCAGAGGAGGUGGAGCCAGAGGAAGACCUCACAAAAGAUAUGGAGGAUCCCACGCCUGUCCCUAACAUGGAGGAAGUCAUUCUGCCUAAAAAUGUUAACCUAAAAAAAGACAGUGAAAACACUCCAGUCAAAGGAGGCAUUAUGGCUGAUUUAGAUGACCAGGAUGAGGACCUGCUUUCUGGUGUCAGAGAUGAGGAGGAGCAGAGGGAGUUCGGCCGUGGGAUGGAGGGGGAGGAGAGUGCCACAGAGCAAACGCAUCACAUCAUUGUGCCCACCUAUGCCUCCUGGUUCGACUACAACUGUAUUCAUCAGAUAGAGAGACGAGCUCUGCCUGAGUUCUUCAAUGGGAAGAAUAAGUCCAAGACACCAGAAAUAUAUCUUGCAUACCGCAACUUCAUGAUUGAUACAUACCGACUAAACCCUCAGGAGUAUCUGACCUCAACCUCCUGUAGACGAAACCUGACAGGAGAUGUGUGUGCACUUAUAAGGGUUCAUUCAUUUUUGGAGCAGUGGGGUUUGAUCAACUAUCAGGUAGAUGCAGAAAGUCGACCCCUCCCCAUGGGCCCACCCCCAACACCACACUUUAACGUUCUUACAGACGCACCGUCUGGACUCGUCCCACUACAGCACAGACCCUUACAGGUUUCAGCUUCUCAGCAUAUGUUACAUUUCCCAGAGAAAUUGAGAGAAAAACCAUCUGACCUGCAAAACUUUGGUCUACGGACUGAUAUUUAUGCUAAGAAACAUCCAAAGAGUAAAGGUGCAAGUGCUGGAAGAGAAUGGACAGAACAGGAAACACUCUUGCUUUUGGAGGCUUUGGAGAUGUAUAAAGAUGACUGGAAUAAGGUAUCAGAGCAUGUAGGCAGUCGCACACAGGACGAUUGUAUUCUUCAUUUCUUACGGUUGCCCAUAGAGGACCCGUACCUAGAGAACUCUGAAGCCUCAAUGGGUCCUCUUGCCUAUCAGCCUGUCCCCUUCAGCCAGUCAGGGAACCCUGUAAUGAGCACUGUUGCUUUCCUUGCAUCCGUGGUUGACCCUCGAGUGGCCUCUGCAGCUGCCAAGGCAGCUUUAGAGGAAUUCUCAAGAGCAAGAGAAGAGGCCCCACCAGAGAUAUUCACUGCCAGCUUUCACAAAGCACAGAGAGUCGGGCAUAAUUUAGAUCCGGCCUUUACACUCCAAACGGCCAGCAUUGCAGGACUUGAUCCUGACCAUUCAGAAAAGACUGAUGGGAGUGGUAUAGAAGCUAUGAACACUGAAUAUGAGCAGCAUGAAAAGCUUGAGGGUGACAGCAUCUUGGGAGAGGGAGAGCGUGUGAAGAAUGAGGAGAAAGAAGAGAGUGAAGGAGAGAGGGGAGAGGAGAGCACAGCAGAGGAGAGUUUUGACAUGAGCCUUACCCAAGGGGACGGGGAGGAGAUGAAGAGGAGGGUGGAGCUUGAGCUGGUGGAGGGAAACAUCGCCACAGCUGCUGCUGCAGCACUGGCCUCUGCAGCUACCAAAGCAAAGCACUUGGCUGCAGUAGAAGAGAGGAAAAUUAAAUCUCUAGUGGCUCUGCUUGUUGAGACUCAGAUGAAAAAAUUGGAGAUCAAACUAAGACACUUUGAAGAGCUGGAGACCAUUAUGGAUCGAGAAAAAGAGGCUCUGGAGCAGCAGAGACAGCAGUUAUUGUCGGAGAGGCAGAACUUCCAUCUGGAGCAGGUGAAAUAUGCUGAGAUGAAGGCACGACAGAAUGUGGAACAGCAACAACAACCGGUAGCCACACAGAGCAGCAGUACUACAGCAUACAACCCUCUUCACCACGGUCGUUCGGUAGGCAGUGGUGGUACUGGACAGGUCAUGGGUGCUCGGCACUCCGGAGCUCCCAAUGGCAUGUACCAAGCUCCUCCGUCCUCACAGACUGAUGGGGCCGCACCCAUGUAACGUCUUCAUCGCCUUAAGACCCAAACCCAGCAAGAUGACAUGAAGAACACGGUCACAUCAAAACCCACAUUCACCUCUACAAUAGCACUUCUUCUGUGUAUAUUAAAUAUUUUUUAAACAUUAAUGCUGGCAUAUAAGGGUAAGAUUUGAGGCUUUUCGUUGCCAUAUCUGUCUGUACUUAAUGUUUGUAGAUCUGUUUUUGUAUUGCCACCAAGUACUAAAACAUUUGUUUUAGUACAAAUAAAUCUUUUAUAUGAAG